AUGAUCAGCCCCAAGAAAUCCACCUACUUAAAGAAGCUGAAGAAGAUGGCCAAGGGGGAAAAAAGAAUGUCUUUACUAAGAACCAACGAAGAACUGGAUGUGCAUAGUGCUAAGAGACCCUCAGUAGCUGGAAAAGGCCAUUUUGUUGUCUACACCACAGAUCAAAAGCGUUUUGAAAUUCCCUUGUUGUAUCUCAACAACAACAUCUUCCUUGAGCUCUUAAAGGUGUCUGAAGAGGAGUUUGGAAUAUCAAGUGACGGGCCAAUAACAUUGGCAUGUGAUGCAGUUUCCAUGGAUUACAUAGUCUCUCUUAUAAAACAUGGUGCAGAUAAAGGCUCCGAAAAAGCUUUUAUUGAUUAUAUAACUGCAAUUCGGGUUGGAAGUAUUUGCAAUUUGUGGUGGUUUGUGGCGGUGGUGAUGGUUGUAUUUGGUGGUUCUGGUGGCGAGUUUGGAGCUAGUGGAGGUCCCGACUGA